AUGGAGUACUUGGGUGUAGUAAUAGACGAUCGACUGAGAUUCACCAACCAUGCUAAGUACGUCGACGAAAAAGGUCAACGAGUAUACAAAACGGUAUGCCGAUAUGUUAGACCCACAAGGGGUGUACACGCGGAAAACGUUAUCACAAUUUAUAAACAAGUUGUGGAGCCAACUAUAACUAACGCUGCAAGUAUAUUGGGCAAAGCCAUACAGUUUAAUUAUAUUCGCCGUCUUCUCCGCUCGUUCCUAAGAAAUUUCGCUAUACGAGCAAUCAGAGGCUUUCACACAGUUUCGGCCAAUUCAGCUCUGGCGCUUGCAGGGUUCACGCCGCUGCAUCUGAAGAUAAAAGAAACUAUGCAAAUCGAAAGUGUCAAAUUAUCUGGAGUAUAUGAUGAAACAUUAAACGUUAUGUUUGAACAACGUACUACACCAAAAAACGAACUACAUCCUUCCGAGCGUCAGUUUAUACGUUUCGAAAGUAUAGCAUCACAACAGGAAGCUGACAAUAUUACCGACGCAAAUGUGACCCACAUCUAUACUGAUGUAAGCAAGUUUGAAGUAGGCGCUUGUGGAUCAGCUUUUGUCGUUCAUAAACAAGAUGACGACUGGACGUCACGUAAAUUUAAAUUACAUGGCACAGGCACUGCCUUUCAGGCAGAAGCUCUAGCAAUUGACGCUGCACUGAAGUGA